GCAAGAAUACUCUCGAUCCACACGACCACCAACUACCGCCAAAAUGCAUCUUAUGUACACCCUCGGUGCCGAUGGCAAGCGUGUCUACACUCUGAAGAAGGUUGUUGACGGCAAGGUCUCCAAGUCUGCUCACCCUGCUCGUUUCUCCCCCGAUGACAAGUACUCGCGCCACCGUGUUACCCUGAAGCGCCGUUACGGCCUCCUGCUCACCCAGCAGCCCGAGGAGUCCGCUUCCUCCUAA